AGUUACUUUCCAUCUGCAUUUUUGGAAAUUAAGCUUUCGUCUCUCUCUCUGCCAGUGCCUGUCUUCGUCGUUCCUCCCAACGUGAUAUAUUGCGGACAGUCAGAUGUCGAGGCUCUCCUAUAUGAUCAUCAGGACUUAAAUGACGGAAAUAUGGCGUCGGCUGGAUAGUUUUUUCUUCAGGAACGUUAAUGCCACGUAAAAAAGAGCAGAUAAGUCUCAACUGUGCGUCAAAAUCCACUUGUUUUCAGUUUUCAGAACUUAUAAUUCUGCAAUUGAUGUGAGGAUAUGUCAGAGGUUGAAGAAGGUGCAUGCAUCACGUUCUCUUGUUAGUUUGUCUUAGCAGAAUCCUCACCACCGCCUUCAAAAAUCGCCACGAAAGGUGCAGAGGCCAGGAGAGAAAGAAAUGGACACAGAUGGGUCAGUUUCUCUCAUCCCAAAGCAGAGGCCGUCCAUGUGGAUGGCAGUCUCUGCGACGCUCAUCGCUGCUUGUGGCUCAUUCGAAAAUGGCGCAUGUAGUGGAUAUUCCUCCCCAACUGAAUCGGCGAUCAUCAGCGAUCUCGAACUCACUACCUCACAGUACUCUGUUUUUGGCUCUCUGCUGACGGUUGGUGGAAUGAUUGGUGCGAUUGGAAGCGGACCUUUAGCGGAUUAUGUUGGCCGGAAAUGGGCAAUGAGAAUUUCUUCUGCUCUGUGUGUGGCUGGAUGGAUCUUCAUUAUGCUAUCACAGUAUUAUUUUUUUGUUCUGUUAAUGUGGGAGCGUUUUAACAUGCUGCAACAGCAUGCUUGGUCGCUAGAUGUCGGCCGAUUCUGCACUGGCGUUGGGAUUGGGAUAUGCUCUUAUGUGGUGCCCGUGUACAUGGCAGAGAUCGCACCCAAGGAGUUGAGGGGAAGGCUUAUGGUAUCUUCUCAGCUGAUGCUAGCACUUGGAAUGACAAUGGCGUACCUGCUGGGAAUAGUUGUUGGUUGGCGCGUAUUAACACUUCUAGGAAUAUUUCCAUGCUUCGUUCAACUAAUAGGACUGUUCUUCGUUCCGGAGUCGCCCCGGUGGCUGGCAAAGAUUGGUCAUAUAAAGGAGUUUGAAAUAGCAUUGCAGAGAUUUAGAGGAAAAGAUGCCGAUAUUCACGACGAAGCAAUGGAGAUUCUGGAUACCAUUGCGAGUUCAGCCAUCCUUCCACAAGCAAGGAUACGGGAUUUGUUUCAAAGACAGUACACACGUCCACUCCUUGUGGGAAUUGGCUUGAUGGCACUUGCAAAUCUAAAUGGAGCUUCUGCCAUACAAUACUAUGCGAGUGACAUUUUUGUAUCUGCAGGGUUUUCUUCUGGAGAUCUUGGAACCAUUCUGCUGGCUGCCAUGCAGGUACCUCUUGCCAUACUGGUCGGGCUCUUGUUAGACAGAAUAGGAAGGAAACCACUGAUGCUAUUUGGUGCUGCUGGGACGUGCUUGGGUUGCUUCAUGGCUGGUGCUUCGUUUCUUUUGAAGGAGCAUGAAGGGGCCAGCACAUUAGUUCUAGCCAUGAACCUGACAGGCAUAAUGAUCUAUGGUGCCUUCUAUGUAUUGGGGAUGUCUGGAUUGCCAUGGGUUAUCAUAUCUGAGAUAUUUGAUUUGAAGAUAAAGGCUAUUGCUGGAGGAUUUGCAAGUAUGGUCACUUGGCUUGCUUCUUGGCUUGUUUCCUAUACUUACAGCUAUCUGGAAAGUUGGAGUGCUGCAGGGACUUUUUUCAUAUACUCUGGAGUAUGUGCAGUGACAUUCUUGUUUGUAAUUAAGUUGGUUCCAGAAACCAAAGGAAGAACUCUUGAAGAGAUUCAUGAGUCCAUGAGUUCACAUGGCAAACAUGGCUCAAACGCUACGGUUCUAUAGAAAUUGUAUAUAUAAAAAAAAAUUGGUGACAAACUUUCAUGCAUCCUUAAUAAUAAAAACGAUGUUGAAUA